AUGUGCACACAACCUAGCAAUCGUGUUGGGCAACAUGAUUCCAAGUUUGCAGCCAGUAGCAGGAACACCAAAACAGUUGCUACCUUUGGUACUUUAAGAAACAACAUUACCUCUACGAUUGCCAGCAAUCGAUUGAGUGUUCAACGAUAAUCUGCUGCUACAAAUACAGUGAAACAAGUAAAUUCUCUAAGCGCCCGAAGCUUAGAAAUUGAAAGUGUUUCGAUGAUCGACGACGAAAUGCAAGUGAUCGACACGAUCGAUCAGAGCUACUGGAAUGGAAAGUUUGUCCCGCCUCCACCGAGACCGCCGUUUCUAGAGGAGUCGAUUGCACCGGACGGUCUAACCACCUGUGAUCUCUGCUCAUGGGCCUGGCAGGACAAGGGUACACUAUCUCUCGACGGAGCAAUUAAGGAAAUUUUCUCGUCUUCAGACACGAAGGAAUUUAAUUGGACUUUCGCGCUGAUAGUAGUCUCGCUAACAUCGGCUUUCCUCGGUGCCAUAAUAAUGAUAGUAUUUCUUAGAUGUAAACGGAUUCGAACCAAUCAGCAUGGACUGCGUUCGUUGUGUUUCGAUUCCAGCAGUACAAAGGAUACCAGCGGAUUGAACUUUGAUAACCAAACAUCGAAAAACUCGACCAAUGGGUCAUGCAGCCCUCGUAGUACAAAUUCCGGCCUGUGGACAUGGUUCAGCAGCCGCAAGAAUCUAUCAACGCCGGACCAGCUAGUAAACUCCCAUACCCUGCCGGUGGAGAAUCACUACACGCACAUGGACGACAAUAACUACAAUCCGGUGCAAAUCGAUGAGGCAUCUUAUGCGGAAGUGGGAAACGAAAUCGGUCCCUCAGAAACUACCUCCUACAAAUCAGGCUCCGUACAACAUGGUACAGACAACGACAUUCUAAUCAUGAACUGCCCGUUACCAGCAAUACCAACAGGGUCGCAUAGUGCUGGUGGUGGAGCUAGCGGAUCCGGCAGUGCGUACUAUUCCGGCCUGCUAAACAAUGCUAAUAUGGCCGGCGGUGAGGACGAAGACGAACGGCCGUAUGAGAUUGUCGAUUUAAAGGAGAUGUCAUCCCCUCACAAAAAUCAUAACGUCCAAAGCCAUUUCUUGAACGAGACCAACAAUUUGCUCACGAUUGAAAAACAUUCAGAGACGCUUCCGGAAGGGACGAUAAGCGCAUCAGACUAUGUUUGAUAG